CCUGCUGCUUUCAAAUGCUGUAGCUAAAUGAAUUAGGAAAGAUGCUACUAUAGACUACACACAGUGCUUUAAACCAUGAGAAGAUCUGUGCUGUUUCUUCUUUGCCCAGAAAGAGUUUUUCUCAUCUGUGCAAUCACAAGCUCCCUUUAUUUGCAUUGCUCCAGUGGAGAAAGGGAUAAUUUCCUUCAACUAAAUGGAGGUGAUGCCAAUGUGACCAAGGGCAGAUGGCGUCGAUCUUCAAGCAAUCCACCACAACCCAUUGACUGUGUGCUUUCCAGUUGGUCCUCAUGGAGCAUUUGUGAUCCUUGCCAGAAGAAAAGGUACAGAUUUGUCCAUGUGGAACGGCCUUCUCAGUUUGGUGGUGACCCGUGUGAUUACGCUGACAAAGAAAGUGAAGAUUGUGUUACCAACAGGCCUUGCAGAAAAACAGUUAGAUGUGAAGGAUUUGUAUGUGCCACAGGAAGGUGCAUUCAUCGGAGGCUGCUUUGUAAUGGAGAUGAUGAUUGUGGAGAUCGAUCGGAUGAAAGGAAUUGUAAGAAAAUAUAUAGGAAGUGCACUCGGGACCUAGAACAAUAUUGGGCAAUACAGAACCUGGCUACCGGAUUAAACAUUUUCACCAACAGUCUGGAAGGAUUGGUUCUUGACCAUAAAUACUAUGCUGGAGCAUGUUCACCACAGUAUAUUGCAGACACUGGUUUUCGAAAGCCGUACAAUGUAGAGAGCUAUUUGGCAGAGACCAGGGGCAAAUACGAAUUUGAAUUGACUGAAUACCAGUCUUAUUCAAGUUUUGAGGAAAAUGUCUCCAGUGCAAAAAUGAAACAAAAGAGCUUCAGCAUUGGAAUAUCAAUACCAAGUCUAUUUGAAUUUAAUUAUAAUCAGAAUGACCAGAGGUACAAGAAGUUCGUCCGGAGGACAAAACAAUUUUCUUCAACGUCUAGCAAAUUUAUCCAUGCACACACAGAGCUGCAAGUUGCCCAGUAUAAACUGAAGAGUCGAGAGUUGAUGCUUCACAAUGAGUUCUUCCAGAGAAUCCUCCACUUGCCUAUUGAAUACAGCUAUGGGGAAUAUCGAGAUCUCUACAGGGAUUAUGGAACACAUUAUGUCACGGAAGCAAUCCUUGGUGGCACCUAUGAAUAUACUUUAGUUCUGAAUAGUGAAGAGCUGCAGAAAGCAGGUUACUCUCUUAGUGAUGUUCAGUCUUGUACACAGAAAGGGGUUAAAGUUGGUGCAACUAUUUAUGAAGUCCGUCUGUCAGUUGGUAUAACAGUUGGAGGUUGUGGAGCCAUUUUAAAAGAAAUUGGAGACAGCAGAUCAAAGAAGAAAUUUGUGGAGGAUUUUAUUGCUCUUGUUCGUGGAGGAGCGAGUGAACAUAUUACAACUCUUGCUAACAAAGACCUACCAACAGCAGAACUGAUGCAAGAGUGGGGAGAUGCUGUUCAGUACAACCCUGAAAUCAUCCAGAUGAAGGUGGCACCACUCUAUGAAUUAGUGACUGCAACCACCUUUGCAAAUGCAAUUGCACUGAAACAAAAUAUGAGGCGUGCCCUGGCUGAAUUUCAGCAGGAAACGGACAGCUGUCGUUGUGCCCAGUGCGAGGCCAAUGGAACGCCUUUCAUGAAUGGGAUGCGCUGUGAGUGCCUUUGCCCACUAGGACAUCGAGGGCUUGCCUGUGAGGAGACACUAAGAACAGGUUUUCCUAUAGAUGGGAAUUGGAGCUGCUGGUCCAACUGGGCUGCAAGUUCUGGAGGGCAACGGACAAGAAGACGGGAGUGUAACAAUCCAGCUGCUCAAAAUGGUGGCAAGCCAUGUUCAGGGCUAAGCAUUGAAACAGCUUAAUAAAAUAUUUGAAAAAAUGUUUGGCAGAGACACGGAAUGACAUUUUCAUAAUAUUCUAGAGGCCAUAGAUAUUGUUCAAUAGUUCCCAGGCCAUUUCCCCCCAUCUUAUUUAGAUGAUCAGUUGACACUUGAAGUGGGUGUGUCUUAAUACAAAAUCCUCUUUUGGAUGUAGAGACUCAGAUAAAUGUACGGACAAAUGCUUGCCCACCUCGGCUCAGUUCCUUUAUGCACCAUCUUGCUGCUCCCUCCCACACACGCUUGUGCAGGAAAUGAGUGUGCCUAUUUCAGUGAAUAUGAUUUCUUGGAUCUCGUUUGCUCAAAAAAUAAAGUCAACACACAUAUAUUAUGAACAAAGAGUAUGUGUGCUUUAAACAACUGGCAGGGUUUUUUUUUUAAAUUGUUUUGCAUACAUACCUUUUAAUAUUAAUGGUCACAUCUGGCCUAGUGUUAAAAAAAGCAAACAAACUUGACAAACUUGACAGUUAAAUAAAGCAAAAUCUACUUGUAUUAUUUGGUUGUGUUUCAAUGUAUUAUUUGCCGAGGAGAUCAAAUAUCCAUACUUUUUCUAACCAACAGUCUUAUUCAUGUGAAGUCAAAAGUAAGACGCAAUAUGUUCUAUGGACCUUACUCCCAAGGAGCAGGACCUGGGUCUGCAGCAUAAUAGCCAUCAAAGGCGCUUUAUCCAUUAUCAAUUGUGAAACCUGAACCAGACAUGGUAGUGAUAUAACCAGUUUCUCAUUUAGUGCAUCAAAUGUAAAUCGUUUAACCAAUUGGAUACUGCCUUAAAGGGGAAUAAGUGAACUGUAAGUCCUCUCAAAUAUCUCUGUGACACCCAAUAAUUUCAAAGCUGUAUAAUCAUUUGAUGAUUUCCCUCUGUAGAAUUACUCUGUAGAAGGACUAUAUUCAUAAGCUUUCUGGAAUUUUACGUAAGAAUGAAAUGGAAUAAACUCAUACAGAUCAUG